GUCAGGAAAAUAAAUUGAAGGCAAGGAAAUUACAUGCUAAUUUCUGUAGGUUUCCCAAGGUUUCCAGUUUCAGAAGUUCAAUUAGUCACGUUACAUUAGUAACAUAGUGAUCUGUGCGUUACAACUUACAAAUUAAAUUCUGUUGUUCUGUAAUCCGUUUUAAAUCAGUAGCAAUAAUGUAUUUUGUGUCAAACAUUGUAAAAGUUACCAUCCCUAACUAUUUGGCCAGCUUACCAAUUCCUGAUUCUUUCGGGGGUUGGUUUAGACUUGGAUUUAAGGAUUGGUUAGCCUUAAUCCCCCCGACUUUGGCUGUUGGUGGUAUAUCCUACUACUCAUACAUAACAAUCAAGAAAGCCAAUGAUGCAGACAAGGGGCUGGUGAACCCUGGCAUCAGGAAGGAUAUCAAUAAAGUGGUGGACUUCAUUGACAUUGAAGACAUAACUGAGAAGGCAUCUUUGUGUAGAUGCUGGAGGAGUAAGAAUUGGCCAUAUUGUGAUGGCAGCCAUGGGGCCCAUAACAAGGAAACUGGAGACAACACUGGUCCAGUGGUUGUUAGACAUAAGGAGAACAAGUAAAACACCAUAAACAACAGACCUACGGCCAAAGGGUUUUGAAAUGGAUCUUUAAAGUACAAGAAAUCAUUUUUACUGUGCCCUAGUGCUAAUGGCUAAUUCAGGUUUGAUUUAUAAUGUUAUAGGAACUGUGAUUUUAAUUUGUCUAUUAUUAUUUUACAACUUCUGUUGUGCUGCAGUUUUUUUUCUUUCGAUACAAUGAAAUGAACCUUAUUUGAAACUGAGUUUAUCUAGCAAGAAAAAAAACACUAGUAAGUAUAUUAUGCAAUACUAAGUUAUGGUAAAAUAUGAAAUAGUGUUUCUAUGAUCCAUUAGAAGUCCUUCUGGCCGACUACUAACCUCUGUGUAGUUACUUAAACAGGUGAUAAUUUGUGAUUAGAAUAGACUAGAAGUACACUUGACAUAUUAUGUAAUAGAUAUUGUAAUAUCUUGUAAAAAUGAUCGCACAUCUUACUGCGCCAAACGCGACGCACGCUUUCUAAGGCUGUUUGUAGUCACGCUGACUCUCGGCGCGGUCUGCAACGCGUGGCUUGUCGGUGUCUAUCAGCGAAUAUUCGUUAUAGUCUAGCGCUGAUCAUCAUAAAUAUAGUCAUUAAUAAAAACAGGCUUACCUAUAUUAUAUUUCAUUUUGUGGUAGGUCUUUAAAUAAUGUGAAUACAACAUCACUUCAAGCCUUUAUUCGUGCAUCUUUAUUCUCAGGUUAUACAGUUUUUAAACAUUUUCUCAAUCGUACUUUCUUUAGAAGUUUCCAACUUUUAGGAAUUCACAUCUCACUGCCUUACAUUACAUCCAUGUGUUACAUAUGAUUUGUUCGGUGCGGAUAAAUGUGCGACCACCAUUAAUGGUCACAGCUAUUUAAAAAAGUGUCAAUAGUCAAGUGUGAUUUUAGUCGUUUUUAUUAAAAAAACUAUGAUCAAAUACCAUUCUAAUAAGUAGAUUUAUAUUACGUAGUGAAAGUUAACACGUAAGAUAAUAGUUUUCAUUUUACAAUGUUUAUAAUUUUUUUGAAACUGUGGUUUUAUUUUUAUUGUUUGUUAAGGAUUGUUGUUACACGUUUUAAAAUGGACAAUGGUAAAUAAAAUUUGCAUUUCUAUCGCUUUUA